AUGAAUUAUACAAGUUACAUCUUGGCUUUUCAGUUCUGCAUCAUCUUGGGUUCUUACGGCUGUUACUGCCAGGACACACUUACCAGAGAAACAGAACACCUAAAGGCAUAUUUGAAAGCAAAUACAUCAGAUGUGGCUAAUGGAGGACCCCUUUUCUUGAAUAUUUUGAGGAAUUGGAAAGAGGAGAGUGACAACAAAAUAAUUCAGAGCCAAAUUGUCUCCUUCUACUUCAAACUCUUUGACAACUUAAAAGACCAUGAGGUCAUCAAGAAGAGUAUGGAAUCCAUCAAAGAAGACAUAUUUGUGAAGUUCUUCAAUAGCAACCUCACUAAGAUGGAUGACUUCCAAAAUCUGACUCGAAUUUCGGUGGAUGAUCAACUGGUCCAGCGCAAAGCAGUAAGUGAACUCUUCAAUGUGCUGAAUUUUCUGUCUCCAAAAUCCAACCUAAAGAAGCGAAAAAGAAGUCAGACGCUGUUUCGAGGUCGGCGAGCAUCCAAAUACUGA